UUCGAAGGUGAAACAGUUAAAAUUAAUAAUUGCAAAAUCCCACCGUGUACAAUGUGAGCGAACUAGUGGUAUUUGGUAUUUUGAGCAUGAAAAGAGUAAUGGAGAGGACUAUGUACACAGUUUUUUGCGAGAUCAAAUUAAGAAUGAGAAGAUUCGCAUGAGGAUCAAGAUAACAGGCAUACGUUGGGAGAUUGAAGUGGCAGUGAGCAGGGUACAUUUCUCGUAGAACAGAAGGCAGCUGUGGUUCUCGAGGGGUGCACGCGUACUAAGAUGUAGCGCGGCGUACGGUCUAGAUUUCUCCAAUUUCCCAACUUUGGAAGAGUUCCUCAAGGAGCCCAUGGUAAACGAUGAUAGAAUCGUGGGGGGACAGGAGGCCUUCAUCGAUGAUUACCCCCACCAAGUAUCGUUUGUGGUGAACAAUACGUAUUUUUGCGGCGGCUCGAUCAUCAGCGAGAACUGGAUAUUGACUGCAGCCCAUUGCUCUCAGAACGUCGACCCCUCGACAGUGGUCUUAAGAGGUGGAAGUUCAUGGCGGAAGAAUGGUACUAUCAUUCCCAUUGAAAAAGUGAUAGCGCAUCCAGAGUAUGACAACCCUGCGUUCGACAAGGAUGUCGCUGUUAUGAAGACCAAAGAACCUAUACAAUUUAGUGACACAAUGCAGCCUAUAGGGCUACCUUCAAUAGAUAGAGCAAUGAGAGGUGGAACGGAGGUGUCGGUCAGCGGGUGGGGACGUACUGAGCAAGGAGCCGCUUCGAUUCCCGAAAGACUGAUGGACGUGCGUAUACCAGUCGUGUCGUAUCCGGAGUGUUUCCUGUCGUACUUUUCAGUCCUCACGAGGAACAUGUGGUGCGGCGGGAACUUCUUCUUGGGUGGUCAGGGAACUUGCCAGGGCGAUUCUGGAGGAUCAGCGAUUCAAGACGGUAUGGCAGUUGGCAUCGUGUCUUUUGGACGUGGUUGUGGCCAGUCUUUCGCUCCAAGUGUGUUCGCCAAUAUUGCCGCACCUCCCAUCAGGAACUUCAUCAAAGAACACACAGAUCUUUAAUAGUGGUUAAAUUUAUGAAA